UUGUUAUAUAAUUCGUUAUCAGUCUCUCCCAGGAAGGCUAAUUUUUUUCGCCUUUAUCCUAAUGCUCUUAUUUUUUAUUGGUUCAUUUUAGGGCAUCAGAGCGGUUCAAGUCUUUUAUCGUCAUCACUUUCCGGGGUCCUCCCGCCUCCACAGGGGCCUCCGGAGUUAGUUGGUACAGCACCUUCGCCUUCGGCCGCACCAUGCUCCACUCCACUUUCCCAUCAUAUUUCUGGACAGUCGGGUGGUGUCUAUAUAAGCCCACCAGGGUCACACGAUGGCUUGGUCAAGGCAACAAAUGCUGUUAUCGCUGGUGCCUCCAACGCGACAGUCUAUGCACUUGCGGUUGCUGCUGCUCAAGCUCAGCAGCAUCAACAGCUUUCUCCACAAUCACAGCAGCAGCAACCUUCCCAUGCGCAUCCACUACUAGCAAAUCCUUACCCAAGGGGGCCAAUUUGCCCACAACCAAUGGCUUCAAAUCACCUUAACUCAACUAGUCAUAGCCCUACACUUGCUAAUGCCAAUAGCAUCUCUGCAAAUCCAGCCGUGUCUUUAGCUGGCCUUUUAGCCCCUGGGACGGCGCAACAUUCUGUCCCUUCAUUAACUUAUACAACCCACAUACCCGAUUCCUCUGGUCUCCUUUCUUUAUCCAAUAAUGCAGGGACUGCUACUUCUUCUGCACAGCCGUCGAUACUUCUGACCAAUGGACCAGGACAGUCAGAAGCUGUAACUUCGAUAUAA